CUUGAGCCGGGGCUGCGGGUGUGACGGAGCGGUCCAGACGCUCGGCCUCAAAUCCAGGAGCCGGGCGGCCGUCAUUUGCAUGUCCCCGCCCCCUCGUUUGCAUGCCCCGCCGGACGGGACCCUUCCACCUCCCGCUGGCGGCCCACGCUCCUAUAAAUGAGAGGGUCCGCGUCUCUCCCCGAGCGCGUCCCGGAGCCCCGGAGGCGGGAGAGCGAGCCUCAGGGCGCCCCGCUGCUGCGCGUCUCCGGAGAGCCUCGACGCUCAGACUCUCUCCCGCUCGCUCGCCCCAGCUCCCGCGUGGCAGGAUGACUGCGUGGGACGGGGUGCUGCCCUUCUACCCCCAGCCCAGGCACGCCGCCGGCUUCAGCGUCCCGCUGCUCAUUGUCAUCCUGGUAUUCUUGUCCUUGGCCGCUAGCUUCCUGCUCAUCUUGCCUGGGAUCCGCGGCCGUUCGCGCUGGUUCUGGUUGGUGAGAGUUCUUCUUAGCCUGUUCAUAGGUGCAGAGAUUGUGGCUGUGCACUUCAGCGGAGACUGGUUCGUGGGGAGAGUGUGGACCAAUACAUCCUACAAAGCCUUCAGUACGGCCCGGGUUCAAGUCCACGUCGGUCUGCACGUGGGACUGGUGGGCGUUAACAUUACUCUCAGAGGAACGCCAGUGCAGCAGCUCAACGAGACUAUCGACUACAACGAGCGAUUCACCUGGCGCCUGGACGAGGACUACACCAAGGAGUACGUGGACGCGCUGGAGAAGGGCCUGCCCGACCCGGUGCUGUACCUGGCCGAGAAGUUCACCCCCAGCAGCCCCUGCGGCCUGUACCACCAGUACCACCUGGCGGGCCACUACGCGGGGGCCACACUGUGGGUGGCGUUCUGCUUCUGGAUCAUCGCCAACGCGCUGCUCUCCACGCCCGCCCCGCUCUACGGGGGCCUGGCCCUGCUCGCCACCGGCGCCUUCACGCUCUUCGCUGUCUUCGCCUUCGCCUCGGUGUCCGCCGUGCCACUCUGCCGCUUCCGCCUGGGCCCCGAGGCCCUCACGCCUCGCUACGGCGCCUCCUUCUGGGUCACGCUGGCCACCGGCAUCCUGAGCCUCCUCCUCGGAGGCGCCGUGGUGAUUCUCCAGCGCGCUCGGCCCGGCGCUCUCCGCUCCUUUCUGGAUCAGGGCGGCAGCCAGACGAAGGCGAACCCGCCCCUCGUCCUCGACAACCCGCGGCACCAGCAGUGCGGGGGCUCGGACUCGAAUAUUACCACUGUCCUGUGACGAGAACUAACUCCGCGGGUUGCCAGCCCCGCCCCCGCCCCCGGGGAUGCCGCAGAGCUGAAGCCCGCCAGGAGCGCGGCUGAGUCUGGGGGAUUGCGCGUCCCCGCAGCAGGGCAAGGGGGCGCCCGGGAGAACGCAUUUCUCGGGAGAGUUGUAAAUAAACUUUUUGUUCUGUUUC